AGUGGCGCAGUGUUCUCGUGUCUGUAUUUCGUCAGGCCAUCUGAGAUUGAACUAAAAUAUGACUGUUCUUCCCUCUGCGAACUGCUCUUCUCAGUUUGAGGCCCACCAAGCAAACCAGCUCCUAAAUGUCAGCAGCCUGCUCUUCCUGAUUACGUUUGGGAAAACGGUGCUGAACGCCCUCACGCUGGGGCUGCGAAGGACAUGCGCCUGUCACCAUUUCAUGGGUUAUUUCUGUAUUUCCCUGGCACUCGUUGAUCUUUUCCUCUUAGUGAGCAUUUCCAUCAUCUCCUUUUUCAGGGAGUUUGUACUUCUAGGCAUUAGGUUUACUCGGUACCACAUCUGCCUGUUGACGCAAAUUAUUUCCUUUACUUACGGCUUUCUGCACUAUCCAGUUUUCCUGAUAGCCUGUAUAGAUUAUUACCUGGUUUUCUCCAAGACCACACAACUGCCAGUUAAGUGUCAAAAACUAUUUUAUUUACUUGCAGUGAUUCUCAUUUGGGUUUUGGUCCUUGCUUAUGUUUUGGGAGAUCCGGGCAUCUACCAGAGUCUGAGUGCGCAGGAUGCCUAUCCUUACCAGUGCCCGUUCUACAUCAGCGCACAGAGCUUCUGGGUCUCCUCCUCCAUGGUGCUGGUCUUAGGUCUGGUCCUCCUCACCUUCUGGUCAGAAGUCAUCUCCUUGGGACAGGCGGUUAGGGUAACGUCCUACAUGAACGAGGCGGUCCUGUACUUCCCUUUUCCAUCCCACCCCGAAUAUAAUGUGAGCUCCAAGCAAACCCUGCUGCCCAAGCUCGUGAUCUGUUUUCUUGGUACCUGGCUGCCCUUUGUACUUCUUCAAGUCAUCGUCCUGCUGUUUGAAGUACAGAUCCCAGCCUACAUUGAGAUGAACAUUCCCUGGUUGUACUUUGUCAACAGUUUUCUCAUUGCUAUAUUGUAUUGGUUUAAUUAUCCUAAGCUCAAUGUAAGAGAUUUCACAUUACCCGUGGAUCCAUUUGUGAGCUGGAAAUGCUGUUUCAUUCCACUUACAAUUCAUACUCUUGAGAAAAUGGAAAAGCCAAUAUCUAUAAUAAUUUGUUAAUAUGUUGCCAUGUUAAAACGAAUCAUAAGAGUGAUAACUUUACAGAAGGAGGAAGCGGGGUGUGUGAAGAGCUGAGUUACAUCCUGGUCUGGUGAGUGUCAGGAAUGGAUUCCUAACAACUCCAAGAGCUAAGUAAGAAGCUCCCCCUGCUCCACAUCCACGCCUACUUAGAAGGUGUCUUUUGAGGCUAUAAAAUUAAUUUGUUAAACAGUGUUAUCUUUCCAAAACAAAAGCAUCACAAGAAAAAGGUUUUAUACUUGUUCAGAAAUGUUUAUUACAAAUAUUAGUUACUAACAAACAUGGAAGUGGAGUGAGAUGAUGUUUGGGUGUGAUAUAUAUAUAUACACACACACACACAUACUUAAUCUGAUAAUCAUCAUCAACUUUAAGAUAUGAACCUCAAUAAACAUUUUUAUCCAAUUCAGAGCAAUAAAACCAAAACCACUUUUUUCAUCGUU